AUGGAGACCCAGUCUUCCCCAUCCACCCUCGUUGUCGAUCGUACAACCGUGCUCUCUCUCUUCGCAGCCCUCUCUGUCCUCAUCACAGCAUACGCUGCUUCUCUCCGCGUCCUCCACGCUUCUACAACUACCAAGCUCCGCAUCCUCUUCAUCUGGCAUCUCUUCGACUCCCUGAUCCACUUCACCUUCGAGGGUUCCUUCCUUUACAAUUGCUUCUUCACCUACACAUCAGUCACACAUUCAAGCGACUACCCGCAUCCUGCGAGCUUGACGUCUCCAGGCGUGUACUUCUUGGGUUACCCGGAUCGGCUGUAUGGGAGUAAAUACGGCACAAGCCCGACGGCAAAGCUGUGGCAAGAAUAUGCGAAGGCAGAUGAGAGAUGGGGCGGAGCAGAUCUGACGGUCAUCAGCCUCGAGCUGUUGACUGUGUUCGCUGCAGGGCCAUUAGCUGCGUACAUUUGCGAGCUCAUAAGACGGAGAGACAGUGGCGGGAAGUUGUGGUUCUGGGCGAGCGUGCUGGCUACUGGAGAGCUCUAUGGUGGCUUCAUGACUUUCGCACCAGAGUGGCUAAGUGGUAACCCCAAUCUGGAUACCAGUAACUUCAUGUAUCUCUGGGUAUACCUGGUCUUCUUCAAUAUGCUCUGGGUGUGGUUUCCCUUCUGGGUCUUGUACGAGGCAUACAACAACAUCAGUUUGGCGUUUGCUAGAGCCAGUGGUGCGACUGGGAUUGAGACUAAGAAGACUGCAUAG